UAUUAACAAAUAUAUGGACCUCAGCCACCGACAAGGAUAUCACAACAAAAGUUUAAGGAAGAACUUUGAUAAUGAUGAAGUUGACCAACCUAAACCUGCUGACGAAGACAAGCUGACUCAAUACUUCGAAGAUCUUGCUGCAAAGGCACUGGAUCUGACUAAGAAAUAUAACCUCAAAGAAGAAUUUGAUAUGAUAAAGGGUGAAAUAAAAUAAGCAUGAGGUUAUUAAACAAUCUCAACACAGCCCUGGACAUGCAGAGUUCGAUCAUUAUGAUUCUUCAUCAGAAGAAAGUGGUAAUAGCCUUGAGAGAGCUAAACAGCGAAAGAAAAAGUUACUCAGAAUGAAGAAUUACCAGCGCCCAAGAAAAACCGCAAGGCCAGAAACUCCAGAAUAUAUUAGAAAAAACAAGAGAAAACUGGUUUUAAAAUAAGGGAGAUAUCGCACGUCAUGAGAGACUUUACGCCCUAGCUGCUAAAAACCGAAUCCAGAAGGAUUAUAGGAUAGCUGAGAGAUCAACUCCAGCAUUGGUCACUCAGAAAUUAUACCCUCACAUUAUCCGCCAAUACGAGCUGUCCAAAAAGCUAAAUCUGGAAAGAAAGUAUAUUUCAAAGCGUGAAGAAGAAAUUGAGGACCAAAUUGAGUGAACCUUCCAGCCUGAGAUUGCCAGGACCCAGAAUACAGUGCGUGGGAGAAGAAAUGGACCAAUAUUUGCUCCAAUGCUUACUGAAGAACAAAUUUAUGAGAAGAAACAAGAAAGAAUUCAAAAUGAAAUGUACGGAUGAACUUUCAGACCAGAGCUCAAUGAGAAAUCUCUUAAGAUUGCUGAUAGAGUUAUCAAAAAGAAACAAGAGGAAGAACAGAGAGAAGUUCAGGUAAAACCAGACAUAAUUCCAUUGAAACAGCUCGGAAAUGAUAAGAAGACCAAUAAGGCAUCAAUGUUCUUUGAUGUCCAUAGUCAUAAGGCUCAUGAAAGAUUGGCUAAAGAGAAACUUAAGAUCCAUUCAAGGCAUAACACAAACUCCUCAAACAACGAUAUUUUUAAUAAGAAGGUAGUACAGAAUCAGACCACUCCUGAAUUUGAGGAAAUUCAGGAAAAGGAACCUGAAGUCCCCAUGCUCCCUACUAGAGACGAUAAUGAGAGCGAGGAAGAUGAGGACAUAGAUAGGAUGAUCAAGCAAGUAAUAUUUGACAAUGAGUUCUACAAAUAACACAUUUCGGAGCUAAUACUUCACAAA